AUGUUAAUGAGCCCUAUAUCAAGCCCCCACCAAGGCGGAGGUGGCAAUACCUUUUCACUUCCACCUCAACAACAAUAUUACCAGCAACAACAACAAUCGUCAUCGUCAUCGUCGUCACAAUCAUCUACUCCAUAUUAUUCACAUAGCAGCAACGGUGGUGCUGGAAGCUCGGCUGGUGCCACCGCCGCCGCCAGCAGCAAUAACAUUAACAGUAGCAGUCCUCCACAGCCAUCGCAACAAUUGUCACAAGAGGAUUUGGAAGAGAAGCGAUUCAUCUCGCAACUAUUCUCGUUUAUGGCCAACCGUGGCACGCCAAUUGAAAAGAUACCCAUUUUCGACCACAAGGAGCUCAACCUCUACAAGCUGUACCACUGUGUCAUCUCGCGUGGUGGUCUAGUCGCCGUCAUUGAGAACAAGUUGUGGCGUCAGAUCACAACCGAGUUGGCCGUCGACCCCGAGCGCACAGACGCCGGUUUUCGUCUGCGUAUCCAUUACCUCAAUACUGCCAAUGUAGCACAUCUUCAUCAACAUCAACAUCAACAACAACAACACUCGUCACCUCAACAACAUCCUCAACAACAACCUCAACCACAUUUCCAACAACACCAACAUUUCCAACACAUCCAACACCAAAGAGAAAGAGAAAGGGAGAGAGAAAGAGAGAGUUCAAGUUCACCAACCAUUUCCUCGAUGAUUUCAACACCAACUUUUGAGCAACAAUUUCAUCAACACCAACAAAUUGCGAGCAGUCCUAAUAGCAGUCCAACUCAUCAUACUUCAAAUAACAACCAUAAUCAUAAUCAUAAUGGUAUCCCAAUUUCUUCUUUGUCCAAUAACAACAACAACAACAACAUUAACCUUAAUAGCAGUAACGGCAGUCUCAACAUUGUAAAUAGUUCCUCUUCCACCACUUCCACCUCGUUUAUCCCAUCGGCUCCCAUUUCCAACGCAUCCUCCUCUUCAUCAUCAUCUUCUUCACAUCUUUCAAACGCCAUUUUCCACCCAUCAUCAGAUGAUUAUCUCCUUGGGUCGUUGACAGCCGCUUCGUCAGUGUCGUCAGCUUCGAUGACAUCCACCUCAACGUCACACUACCCAGCUGUAAAUUUAAAGAUUCUCGAGAACAAGUCACUCAAAAAGUACAAUGCCCUUCACAAACUCAAGCUUUCAAAUUCACCAUCACGCCGGGAAUUGGUCAAUGCUGUCUCCCAACAUUUUGAUGCUCAAAAGAUUGAUGAAGAUUCAAUCAUUAGUCAAUUCUUGAAAAGAAUUAAAAGUGAACAUAGAUUAAGAGUUGUUGAAAGUCGUUAA